UCGGCCGCGUGUGUUGGGGUGUCUUCCUGGGGCGGUCGGUCCUCUGCCCCAGGCUCCAUGGCUGGAUUGUGGAAACUGCACCCGGCUGCAGGUUGUUGAAACUGAUGGGACGAAAUCGGGGACCAGCGGUUACGCAAGAAAUGUUUAAAUGUUCAGUAAAUCGGAGGAAAAAAACAUGGAUUUUUAGCAACUGAAGAUCAAAUUAAGGAUUCAGAUUUGGGAUAUUGGUGUUUCUGUUUUUGAGGAAUAUUUCUUUUUGAGCUUUUUAUCAUUUUUUUAAUCAUCGGUUUUGAAAUACAGAAGAGGAACCAGAAAGACACUUACUUCGGUUCACAUUCGUAACGCUCACUGCUGAGGCUCUCUCGCUGGAGGACACGACCAUGCGGCCGCCACAGCUCCUGCUCUUCAUGAUGCUCUUAGCACCCAUAGUUCGUGGUGGCAAGCACAGUGAGCGACAUCCAGCCCUCGCUGCUCCCCUGCGACAUGCUGAGCGCAGCCCAGGAGGCGCUCUACCGCCCAGACAUCUCCUUCAGCAGCCAGCUGCAGAGCGCGCGCCUGCUCAUCGCGGACAAGGGCCCCGUGGAGCUACCCGAGGAGUUCGUGGUCCAGGUGCCCAAGGAGCCCAGAUUGCAGCCCAAGCUUUCAGCCGGGCCCCGAUUCCAAUGGCCGUGGUCCGCAGGGAGCUCUCCUGUGAGAGCUACCCCAUUGAGCUCCGCUGCCCAGGAACAGACGUCAUCAUGAUUGAGAGUGCCAACUAUGGGAGGACUGAUGACAAAAUCUGUGACUCUGACCCUGCUCAGAUGGAGAAUAUACGAUGCUACCUGCCGGAUGCCUAUAAGAUUAUGUCUCAAAGGUGCAAUAACAGAACCCAGUGUGCAGUGGUGGCAGGUCCUGAUGUUUUUCCAGACCCUUGCCCGGGAACAUAUAAAUACCUGGAAGUGCAGUAUGAAUGUGUCCCUUACAUUUUUCUUUGUCCUGGACUACUAAAAGGAGUAUACCAGAGUGAACAUUUAUUUGAGUCUGACCACCAGUCUGGGGCAUGGUGCAAGGACCCUCUGCAGGCUUCUGACAAGAUUUAUUAUAUGCCCUGGACCCCCUACAGAACUGAUACCCUCACCGAGUACUCAUCCAAGGAUGACUUCAUUGCUGGAAGGCCCACCACGACCUAUAAGCUCCCUCACAGAGUGGACGGCACAGGCUUUGUGGUGUACGAUGGGGCUUUGUUCUUCAAUAAGGAGCGCACCAGGAACAUAGUAAAGUUUGAUUUGCGGACUAGGAUAAAGAGUGGAGAGGCUAUCAUAGCAAACGCCAACUACCAUGAUACCUCCCCUUACCGAUGGGGAGGCAAAUCUGACAUAGACCUGGCAGUGGAUGAGAAUGGGCUAUGGGUAAUCUAUGCAACAGAACAAAACAAUGGUAAGAUUGUCAUUAGCCAGUUGAACCCUUACACCCUACGGAUUGAAGGCACAUGGGAUACUGCUUAUGAUAAAAGGUCAGCUUCCAACGCAUUUAUGAUUUGUGGGAUUCUGUAUGUGGUCAAAUCUGUAUAUGAGGAUGAUGACAAUGAGGCUACAGGGAAUAAGAUUGACUACAUUUACAACACCGACCAAAGUAAGGAUAGCUUGGUGGAUGUGCCCUUUCCCAAUUCAUACCAGUACAUAGCGGCUGUGGAUUACAACCCCAGGGACAACCUUCUUUACGUAUGGAAUAACUACCACGUUGUGAAAUAUUCUUUGGAUUUUGGACCUCUGGAUAGUAGAUCAGGGCAGUCACACCAUGGACAGAUAUCAUACAUCUCUCCACCAAUUCACCUUGACUCUGAGCUAGAAAGACCCCCUGUUAGAGAAAUCUCUACCACAGGACCCCUUGGCAUGGGGAGCACCACCACCACCACCCUUCGGACCACAGCAUGGGGCCUGGGCAGGAGCACCACCCCAUCCGCUCCGGGAAGAAGAAACCGGAGCACCAGCACCCCUUCUCCACCCGUCGAGGUACUUGAUGACAUUACCACGCACCUCCCCUCAGCAUCAUCCCAAAUCCCAGCUCUGGAAGAGAGCUGCCAGGCUGUGGAAGCCCGAGAGAUCAUGUGGUUUAAGACGCGUCAAGGACAGAUAGCAAAGCAGCCGUGCCCUGCGGGAACUAUAGGAGUAUCAACUUAUCUAUGCCUGGCUCCUGAUGGAAUCUGGGAUCCCCAAGGACCAGAUCUUAGCAACUGUUCUUCUCCUUGGGUCAACCAUAUAACACAGAAGUUGAAAUCUGGAGAGACAGCUGCCAACAUUGCUAGGGAGCUGGCUGAACAAACAAGAAAUCAUUUGAAUGCUGGAGAUAUCACCUACUCAGUCCGUGCCAUGGAUCAGCUGGUAGGCCUUCUCGAUGUACAGCUCCGCAACCUGACCCCAGGUGGAAAAGAUAGUGCUGCACGCAGUUUAAACAAGCUUCAGAAAAGAGAGCGCUCUUGCAGAGCCUAUGUCCAGGCGAUGGUGGAGACAGUUAACAACCUCCUCCAGCCACAAGCGUUGAAUGCGUGGAGAGACCUGACUACAAAUGAUCAACUACGUGCAGCCACCAUGUUGCUCGAUACUGUGGAGGAAAGUGCUUUUGUGCUGGCUGAUAACCUUUUGAAGACUGACAUUGUCAGGGAGAACACAGACAAUAUCCAAUUGGAAGUUGCAAGACUUAGCACAGAAGGAAACUUAGAAGACCUAAAAUUCCCAGAAAACAUGGCUCAUGGAAGCACUAUCCAGCUUUCUGCAAAUACCUUAAAACAAAAUGGCCGGAAUGGAGAGAUCAGAGUGGCUUUUGUCCUGUAUAACAACUUGGGUCCUUACUUGUCCACGGAGAACGCCAGCAUGAAACUAGGGACAGAGGCUAUGUCCACCAAUCAUUCUGUCAUCGUCAAUUCUCCUGUUAUUACAGCAGCAAUAAACAAAGAAUUCAGUAAUAAGGUUUAUUUGGCUGAUCCUGUGGUAUUUACUGUUAAACAUAUUAAGCAGUCCGAGGAAAAUUUCAAUCCAAACUGUUCCUUUUGGAGCUAUUCCAAACGCACAAUGACAGGUUAUUGGUCAACACAAGGCUGUCGGCUCCUGACAACAAAUAAGACACAUACUACAUGCUCUUGUAACCACCUAACCAAUUUUGCAGUAUUGAUGGCACAUGUGGAAGUUAAGCACAGUGAUGCGGUCCAUGAUCUUCUUCUGGAUGUGAUCACUUGGGUUGGAAUUCUGCUGUCCCUUGUUUGUCUCCUGAUUUGCAUCUUCACAUUUUGCUUUUUCCGCGGGCUCCAGAGUGACCGUAACACCGUCCACAAGAAUCUCUGUAUCAGCCUCUUUGUAGCAGAACUGCUUUUCCUGAUAGGGAUCAACCGAACUGACCAACCAAUUGCCUGUGCAGUUUUUGCUGCCCUCUUACAUUUCUUCUUCUUGGCUGCGUUCACCUGGAUGUUCCUGGAGGGGGUACAGCUCUAUAUCAUGCUGGUGGAGGUCUUUGAGAGUGAGCAUUCACGUAGGAAGUAUUUCUACCUGGUCGGCUAUGGGAUGCCUGCACUUAUUGUGGCUGUGUCAGCUGCGGUAGACUACAGGAGUUACGGAACAGAUAAAGUAUGUUGGCUCCGACUUGACACUUACUUCAUUUGGAGUUUUAUAGGACCAGCGACCUUGAUAAUUAUGCUUAAUGUAAUCUUCCUUGGGAUUGCUUUAUAUAAAAUGUUUCAUCAUACUGCCAUUCUGAAACCUGAAUCGGGCUGUCUUGAUAAUAUCAACUAUGAGGAUAACAGACCCUUCAUCAAGUCAUGGGUUAUAGGUGCAAUAGCUCUUCUCUGCCUAUUAGGAUUGACCUGGGCCUUUGGACUAAUGUAUAUUAAUGAAAGCACAGUCAUCAUGGCGUAUCUCUUCACCAUUUUCAAUUCUCUACAGGGAAUGUUUAUAUUCAUUUUCCAUUGUGUCCUACAAAAGAAGGUACGAAAAGAGUAUGGGAAAUGCCUGCGGACACAUUGUUGCAGUGGCAAAAGCACAGAGAGUUCCAUUGGCUCAGGGAAAACAUCUGGUUCUCGGACUCCUGGACGCUACUCCACAGGCUCACAGAGCCGAAUUCGUAGAAUGUGGAAUGACACAGUCCGAAAGCAGUCAGAAUCUUCCUUCAUUACUGGAGAUAUAAACAGUUCAGCGUCACUCAACAGAGGAGCCAUGGCUAAUCAUCUUAUAAGCAAUGCUCUGCUUCGUCCGCAUGGUACUAACAAUCCCUAUAAUACAUUGCUUGGGGAACCGGCGGUCUGUAACAACCCUUCUGUCAGCAUGUACAACGCACAAGAGCCCUACAGAGAGACAAAGGGGCUUCUGAACAAUGCCAGGGAUACAAGUGUCAUGGAUACUCUACCACUGAAUGGUAACCAUGGCAACAGUUACAGCAUUGCCAGCGGCCAGUACCUGAGCAACUGUGUGCAAAUCAUAGACCGCGGCUACACCCAGAAUGAGACCGCCCUAGAGAAAAAGAUUCUGAAGGAACUCACUUCCAACUAUAUCCCGUCCUACCUGAACAACCACGAGCGCUCCAGCGAGCAGAACAGAAAUCUGAUGAACAAGCUGGUGAAUAACCUCGGCAGCGGGAGUGAGGAGGACGCCAUUGUCCUGGACGACGCCACCUCCUUUAACCAUGAGGAAAGCCUGGGCCUGGAACUCAUCCACGAGGAAUCCGAUGCUCCUUUGCUGCCACCGAGAGUGUACUCUGCGGAGAACCACCAGCCUCACCAUUACUCCAGAAGGCGGAUCCCCCAGGACCACAGCGAGAGCUUUUUCCCUCUGCUCACCAACGAGCACACGGAAGAGCUGCAGUCGCCGCGCAGGGACUCCCUGUACACCAGCAUGCCGGCCCUGGCCGGCGUGCCCGCCGCGGAGAGCGCCACCACCAGCACCCAGACCGACCCCGCCCCGGCCAAGGGCGGCGACGCCGACGACGUCUACUACAAAAGCAUGCCCAACCUAGGCUCCAGAAGCCACGUCCAUCAGCUGCACACGUACUACCAGCUGGGGCGUGGCAGCAGCGAUGGGAUCAUAGUCCCCCCGCACAGGGACGGGAGCCCCCCGGACGGAGGCCCACAGGGACCCGCGCAUCUGAUCACCAGCCUCUAGGUGGUGACGGGGCCCCGGGCCGGCAGUGCGAGCGCCACGGGACUGCACCGCCGGUGUGAGCAGCGGUACUCGUGUGUGCUCCCAAACCUUUACGCUGUCCUUGAAAGGCAAACGCGAACUCUCAGACUUUUUUUUUUUUUAACUGGGAUUUUUAGGUCAGUCCAGGGGAGAAAGAUACCUGCUGACGUUCCCCUGUGCCCCAUCCUUCCCAUCCUUCCCCGUCAGAUGGAGACUUCAUUAUGUUAAUGAACGAGAUAAGAAGAAAAUGGCGGUCAUUGUGGCCUUGUUUGAAUUAUGUUGUGUUUGUUCUAACAUCUCUGAUGCUCUGUUACUAUAAUUACAAGGACCUGAUUUUUAAAAGGCCAGAACAGUUGUUUGAAAUGAGUAACAAUGCUGCAUCUAGAUUGGAGUGCUGCACAAACAUAAAAACAAAGCAAAACUGUAUCACAUACUGGUUUUUAGUCACUCGACCUGAAUUCACCACAGUGGGAAUAGCUGUGGAACACAAAAUAAAACAACAAAAUUAAUGAAAUGGAAGGGAAUUCUAGAAUUAUAUGCUAAAUGCAUAUUUUAUGAUUUGCUGUAUUAAUUGAUGAUAAAACUAAUGGCAGAAAAAAAAAAUCAGACGAUUUCUAUGUAAUGUACAGAUACUAGCAUUGCACAUAUAGUCGGCUUUCUGUUCCUCCAGAAUUUGAGUCCUGUUAAUGUAGUGGAAAAAAAGAGAAAUUUUCUUUUUCUUUCGUGCUGGUCUUGCAAGUUUGUCUACCAGUAAGAGAGUAAAGUUUCCUUCCAUCCUUCUUUCUCUAUUUUCCUUUCUUUCUCUUUUUUUUUUUUUGCCUUCUUUAAAAUUUCACCUGGCAAAAAAUAAGUAAAUAAAUAAAUGGAACUAU